ACUGUCUCGACGUACGCUUUAUAGCUUCAAAAUGGUGUAGAAGACUUAAAAUUAUUUUGAAAUUAGGCCUAACGUUGGAGGUGAAUCUACAAUUCUACGUUGUAUUUUGAAUUCACAGAUUGAAUUCACUUGAUAGAUUUGUACAGUGAAUGAAAGAUGGAAGGCGAUGAAACAAGUUUCUUGCGAGAUCAAGUCCAGAGACUGAGUGCUGUUCUUCAACGAUAUCAAGAGAAGUAUGGACCUCUGGAAAAGAAGGAAAUGGAGAGCCUUUAUCAUCAGGGUGACCCAGGUGCUCCAUGGCUUACAAGUAGAACAAUGCUGUCUCCAUUGAUUGCAGAGUACGACAGGCAAAUAACGGAACUGUCUCAGCAAAUUGGCGUAUAUAAGGUUGAGAUGAGAGACCUACAGACCAAAGUAGACAAACUAGUCAGGGAAAAUAGCAGAUUACAUCAAGAAUUAAAAUCUGUGGUGGAGGGACAGCUAGAAACAAUUCAGUCAGGCUUGAGAGGAGACCACAGUGAAGAGGUUGCUGAGAAAGAACUUGUUGAUAAUUUGAGGAAACAGAUUGAGCUCUUAGAAAAGGAAAGAGAAACAGCUAAUGAGAUGUGGCAAGAAACAGUACAUGAAUUAGACAGACUUGCUGCAGAACAUAGGGAUAUGUUAGGAAACUCCAAAGCCCAAGUGUCUACUCACCAUGCGAUAGAAGCUAAAGGAGUUGCUCUUAUGAGAGAUAAUCAACUGCUCAGGGAUAAUAAUUACAAACUAGAAACUGCAAACAGGCAUCUCCAGGAUGUUGUUACUGCACAGGGCCAGGAGAUCGAAGGUAUGAGAGAUCAACUGAGAACAGCUAAGGGUGAUCUUAAGACAACAGCUAUCCAACUCAAAGAUUUCACUUCGAUGAAAGAGACAUUGGAACAGCAGUGUCGGGUAAAGCAAUGUCGGGGCAAAGGUGACAACCUUCUUAAAACCAUGAAUGCUCUUGAAGACAUGGUCAGUAGAUGA